AUGGCGGAAUCUCAACCAAAGACACUUCAGGACAUAUCAGUGAUUCCGCACAAAACCGAAAAGCCCCCUGUCUCAUCAACAAACUCAGAAAAGGCAAAUAGCGAUACGCUGAAAUCAUGGGAAAAGCCAAGUGCGAAGGGAAGGACUCUAUGUAUCCUGCGUACUAUUCAACGAUACAUAUGGGAUGAUCCAGACAAAUCCCCAGAGGAAAAGAAGUUUCUUCUGAAGUUGGACUUUUUUCUUCUCAGCUAUGGCUGCUUGGGUUACUUCUGCAAGAACUUGGAUCAGGCCAAUAUCAACAAUGCUUAUGUCUCCGGUAUGAAAGAAGCAUUGAGCAUGAAUGGUAGUCAAUUGACGUAUGCUUCCAAUGUUUUCACUGCUGGUUAUGUGAUUAGUGAGCUGCCCGCGGUGAUGCUUGUCACGAGAUUUCGACCUUCAACUAUCAUUCCAACGUUCCAAGUCCUGUGGUCUGUUGCCACAUUCUGCUGUGCUUCAAUCACAGGCGUCCCGCAAUUGUAUGGACUGCGAUUCCUGAUUGGUUUCUUCGAAGGACCCUUCUUUCCAUGUCUCAUCUACGUCCUUGGAUCAUGGUAUACCAAAGAGGAACGAGCAAAGCGCAUCACGCUUUUCUAUUGCACGACCAGUUUGAGUCGCAUGUUCAGUGGGUAUCUUCAGGCAGCUGCCUACAACAACCUCGAUGGCGUACUUGGCCAUAGUGGUUGGCAAUGGCUGUACAUUAUAUGCGGUAUCAUAAGUCUUCCAAUCGGCAUCCUGGGAUAUUUCUUCCUUCCCGACUUUCCAGAAACUUCAAAGGCAUUCUAUUUUUCCGAACCUGAACUCGAAUUUUCCAGAGAACGACUUCGCUUGCUGGGCUAUAAGCCUCUUGGAUUAGCACCAUGGGACCGCAAAAAGAUAUUCCGUAUCGCGAACAACUGGCAAUUUUGGGUCUUACCUUUUGGAUACUUCUUGAUCCAGUGCUCUCUUCCAAUCCAGCAGCCCGCCUUCGCACUUUGGCUGAAAUCUCAGAAGAAAUCUGUGAGCACAAUUAAUAUCCAACCGACUGGCCAGGUCGGUCUUGCUGCCGCUGUUCAAAUAGCUGCUGGAAUGUUAUCAGACUCUCCCAUAUUCAAAGGCCGUCGAUGGCAAGUCAUCAUUGCGAUGCAAGUGGGUACUCUAGUCGGAACAAUCAUUAUAAUCAAAUGGAAUGUCUCUGACAGCCUGAAAUACGCAGGAUACUACUUGUCAUACAUCUGCAGUGGGGUGCCUGGUCUCUAUUAUUCAUGGUAUCCGGAUUUGAUUCCCCACGAUCAUGAGAUGAGAGGUUUUGUGGUCGCUUCAUCUAACACCUUUAGCUUCAUCAUGCAAAUUUGGUGGCAGCUUUCCAUUUGGAGAACGAUCGAGGGACCGAGAUUCAAGAACGGAUUUAUUGGUGCUACUGCUGCAGGGGUUGCUCUGAUCAUACUUGUUUUCGUUUUAAGAUCGCUCGAAUAUCGCGAUGAUCGCAAGAGGGAAUUUGAGGCGCAUGGUACACAAGACAUCGAGACUUUCAGUAAUAGGGCGAGUGCUGUAGAGAAGGAUCCCGUACCCGACCAAGCUACGGAUAUAGGAAAGAGUUAA